UCCCUGACAGAUGGCGAGCGCGCACGUUCAGACUGUGGAAUAUUCUGGUUAAUACUUUUCUUCCAGCGCGUGCUUCAGAAGAUAAAGACACAAAAAAACACUUUAACUGACGCAUUUAUUUGAAAAUCUGAUCACAGCGACAGAGUUUGGUGAAAAACGCGAAGUAUGCCGCUCACGCCACUCGUGUUCUGGGCCCAGCGGCACGAGGAGCUUUACCUGCGCGUGGAGCUGACAGACGCACAGAACAUUGACGUUGAGGUGAAGGAGAAGGUUCUGGAGUUUCGUGCUCAGGGACACGGUGCCAAGGGUCACGACGAGUACAGCUUCAGUCUGGAGCUGCUUCAGGCCGUCGGCUCAGAGGUGAAGGUGAGGUCGACUCAGCGGCAGGUGAACGUGACGGUGCAGAAGCUGCGUCCGUCCUGGUGGGGGCGCCUCACCGCUCACCAGCGCAAACCCGUGUUCCUCGCUCCAGACUUCGACCGCUGGAUCGACGAGUCCGACGCCGAGAUGGAAAUCCAAGAGAAAGAGCGGAGAAAAACCAAACCGCCUCGACAGCAGAGUCACUUUCUUUCAAACUUUAAAACCGGGUUCCUUUUGGUUUAUAAUCUUGUUCAGUUUCUCGGUUUCUCGUGGAUCUUCGUGAACAUGACGCUGCGUGUGGUUUUAAUCGGACAAGAUUUCCUGUACGACACGUUUCACUCCACCUCAGACGUGAUGUUCUUCUGUCAGACUCUGGCGUCGCUGGAGGUUCUGAACGCAGCGUUUGGUUUGGUCAAAACAGGAGUCGCCCCGACCCUCAUCCAGGUCGUCGGGAGAAACUUCAUCCUCUUCGUCGUCUUGGGGAGUUUGGAGGAAAUGCAGAACAAACCCGUCGUGUUCUUCGUCUUCUUCCUGUGGAGCGCCAUCGAGAUCUUCAGGUAUCCCUUCUACAUGUUGGCGUGUCUGCACACACAGUGGCGGCUCUUGACUUGGCUCAGAUACACCGUCUGGAUCCCACUUUAUCCUUUGGGAGUUUUAGCUGAAGCCGUGGCCGUGGUUCAGUCCAUCCCCAUCUUCGACGAGACUCGACUCUUCAGUCUCCCGCUGCCAAACGCCGUGGGAACAUCCAUCAAGUUUUCCUCUUUCCUUUACAUUUAUCUGAUCGUCAUGUUUGUGGGUCUUUUUAUCAAUUUCAAACAUCUGUCCAAACAGCGGAGGAAGCGCUUCAGUGCCAAGAAGAAGAAAGCCCAUGGAUCUUAACUCCACUGCGGUUUAUGUUUUUAGAUUCAUAUUUGAAAAUGUGAAAUUGUUUUAGGACUGAACUUGUGUUUUUAACAUAAAGAUCUGAUGAGUUUCAGGACAUUUUCAUGACCAGUGUGUGUUCAAAGUACCAGACUUUUAUAAAAAUCUGGUACUAAAUCUGAAUAUCCAAGUAUUUUGUAACAAUAAACACAACAAACACUGUAAA